AUGAUUCGAAAAGGCAUAAGCUUCUCUACUUCUUUAAUGCCCACCAGAAACCCUCGAGAGUCCUUGAUCGAACGCAGGGAACGUACCCCAAGCACAAGUGCAAGUACAAGUGCAAGUGACUCUGAUUCUGAUCCUUACUCAGAUGAAAACACAAAUAAAGCUCCUCUUGAAUCCCAUGACUCAUGGCUUCCAGACUUCCAAGUAGCUCAAAUGAUGUGGCUUGGAUACUGUCUGCUGAGUUUCUUCUUGACUUGGGUAUAUGUUAUACCCUAUAUGGACGGACGGCUCCGUCACGGAAGACAAAUUAGAAGUGCUUAUAAUGUCAAACUCAUCACCCCAAGCAAUGUAUCUACAAUUCCAUUAUUGUAUAAGGAUAUCAUCUACAAUGCUACCAGAAAGGAAGGAGACAUAUUUCGAAGACGAUUGGAUACAAUUCCAGGCAACUCGCUUUUAACUUACAACAGGUUCAUUAACGAGAUGCCAGACUACGGCGACAAUUCCCAAAAUUUAUAUUAUGAUCUGGUUCGCCGACACGCAGAGGACGCAAUGAUACUCACAAAUGCAGUGAUAGAGGAUUUGACCGAACUCAUUUCUGAUGUUAGACCCAUCAGAACCUCCAAUUUCAGACAAUGGAUAAGCGACUCCUAUUGGGGAUCUCUAUCCAAGCAACCAAUAAGAUCAAAAUUGAUCAGAAAAUUGUUCAUUGAAUAUCUGAAAGGGUUAAGAGAAGGAUACAUGUUGCCCCGAUCAAACUUGUAUCUCGGAAAAUCUGUGGGGUUACUUAAAGUCAUCGAGAUAGGCCAAUCCUUUUUGCCCGAACUUGAAGCGGCAAACGAUGCCAGUCGAGCGCUACGAUUCACUGUAGAGUUUGGAAUUUACAAAGUUUUGACAGACCGAAAUCUAACAAAACCUGACUUUGUACCUCCCUCAGAGAUUCAAAAAAUACUUUCAUUUAUACAGCGCUCAAAGGACAAAUCAGAAAAGGGACAUGGUAAUGAUACAAUUGGUUAUAUGACCCAUUGGCUCGACAAUGAAUUUGCGGCCGGUGAAAACGUGCGUGAAGUGGAGAUACCCAACUCGGUUCACCAAUUUCAGCAAACGCUAGUCGACAUUUCGGAACAGGUUUCAGAACUCAUCGAUGAUAUUCUGGAUGAGAGGAGUGGAAUUCAAGAACUUUCAUCAACGAUAUGCUACAUUGAUGCGAUAGAGAAGGGACUCAAAGAACUGGCCUUUCAUCAUAACUUCGAGCCAAUAUAUCCAGGUCAUCCAAAUCGUCCUAUGGCAAUUUGGGAGGUUCAUAAAUGUAUUUGGAAACGAGAUGUUAGGGGACCUUUGAAAGGAUUGAAUCAUUGUGGAAAGCUCGAGAGGCUGAUAAAGGAAAAGGUGUAUUGA